AUGGAGGAAAUAGCACGACCACAAGCGUCUCGAAGAGGGCAUAAAUCUCAUCUAUCAAAAGUGUUAAAUAAAGCGAGCGAAAUCCUCAAAGUAGAGCCUUCGAAAGCAGAUGAAAUAGCGCUGACAACACUUAAAACUCCCCUGGAACAACUAACAAGGAAACAGCAAUUAGUACGAGAACUAGACGAAAAGAUUGCAGCAAAAAUCACUGAUCCCAAGCAACUAGAAACAGAAAUAUACGAAUCUGAAGAGCUAAGCUGCGAUUUGGAAGAAAAAUUGAAUCACAUACGUAAGUACAUUGAGUUAUGUUCAUUGUCGAGUCAAUCAAAUCAGUUUACACAAGGAAGUCAGGCAUCUACUUCAACUCAGUCACUUGAAACACAAGUCACAACACAAGAAAUUCAAGAAUCGCCAUCUCAA